UUGUUGUCAAAUACCAACCUGUGCGGUGUGAUUUUGUUUAGGACUCCGGAUAGCAUGUGCAUGUUGCUAUGGAUUACUAUCAAAAUACUAAGCGUGACAUACGGGGUAUGUGAACUGAGGAAAUAUGCACCUCUAAGACAAAUUAGCCAACUAUAGUUUCCUGACCGUCCUGAGAAGCAUGCGGAACGACACGAUGGAGAUGCAGACGGCGGAUCCGGCCGUGCUCCAUGCCACAGCGGAAGUGGACAAGAUCAUCUCCCCCAUCCUGUACGUGUUAGGCUUCCCGGGAAACAUCCUCUCUUGCGUGUUAUGGUUACGGCCGCGUAUGCGCCAUUCGUCCGGCAUCUACCUGGCCGCACUAGGAUUCGUGGACUUGCUGUUUUUGGUCCUCCACGUACUGUUUGAACUAUAUAAAGUGUGGAACAUACAAAUGUUUGACGCCCCUGUGGUGUGCGAGUUGUUGCCAAUCGUGUACAUGGCAACACAAUAUUUGUCGCCAUUAUUAGUAAUGGGCUUCACUGUCGAGAGAUUCAUUGGGGUCUGGUUUCCAACCAAAAGAAAAACAUUUUGUACAACAACUCGGGCAAAGAUUGUAAGUCUCGGUUUGGCAAUAUUUGCACUCACCCUCGGGUCCAUGCAAGGGUAUUUCUAUCAGUUUAACGAUAAGCAUCAGUUCUGUGGCCUGAGGGAGGAGGCGAUGCGAGGCGGGCAUGCGUCACUGUGGUCUAUAUGGACUUGGAUAACAGAAAUGAUGAUUUUCCUGUGCGUACCUCUUUUAAUCCUGACCUUCAACCUUCUGAUCAUCAAACAGGUCAAGCGAUUGUCAGAGUUUGAAACGAGCUGCAAGGAGCGGGCGGUGACCACGACGUUCUCCCUGCUGCUCGUGUCUUUCUACUUCAUCCUGACCACGUUCCCUGUGUCCAUCGUGUACGCUAUCCGCUACUGCUUCUUCCCGGUGGAGGAAGAGGCGCUGACCACAGACAUGAGCGACCGCACAAAUUACAUGCUCGCAAAGACCAUCGUCGAAGAGAUAGGGAUGACGCACCACGCCCUCAAGUUUUACAUCUUCCUUGCAGCGGAGCGCGCCUUUCGGGACGAGCUUGUGCACGUGGCGGCUCGACUGCUGACGGGACCAUGCCGUCGACAACUCGGGUAUGAGCACCAGCCGGCGGAGACCACCGUCCAGACAGACUGGAUGGAGAUUCCAAACGGGGAUGGGCAGAAACCACCGGAAGAGACCAACAUGUGACAGGGUAUUUGUGGAGGGAAACAUAUUCUUAAAAUGUGUGUGUACAUAAAGAUGUGGAUCUGUUUGAUAUAAAUAUAUAUAUAUAAAUAAAUAAAUAUAAUUUUAGUCAUUUUUGAACAGUCUUCUUAUACGGUUAUAUAUAUUAGUAUUACACUUUAGAUCCUGUUGUAUUCUGGUUAUGUUUACGUUUUACAAUGUUUUAUUAUUUUUACCUUAAACAUGUAUUCAUUUGUAUUUUUGUAUUUAAAUGUGUUGUGAAUCAGCAGGUAGACAGGAAAUGGUGAUAUUCCAAAACAUGCACUUACCAGUUAUUAUCUUGAUGGCUUUCAUUCUCUAAUCAUGUAUUAUUAAGUGUUUUGUUAUUGAAAUAAUUAUUAAUUAUUCAAAUGAACACCCGUAACAAUAUUAUAUUUGAAUAAACAUGCCAUUGUAUUCGUUAAUUCCUUUCAAGUUUAUUUCAACAAGUUGCGAAUAAAGUAUCAUAUUACGUAAUGACAACAAGGUUAAUGUGUAAUUCCUGAAAUAAAUAGUAUUACUAUCGAAUUUUAAAAACGGAAGCUUUUAGGCCAUGUCACAGAUUUAGUCUCUUGUUAAAAGCACUUGUAGAAUCACCAUUCUUCGAAAUCUCUGAUUUGAAA